AUGGCUAUCAUUUUAGCUCCUUAUUGCCCCUUAGGGGUGUUCACGAAUUUGGGACAUAUCCUUAAGAUGACUCGAUCUAUUCGGCACCAAUUGCUAUUCUCGCCCGCCCGAACGUUUACUAGUAUAGCCCCGCUUUCAGAUUUGCGAUCCAUCCUAGAGAAAGCUAGAGUUGAAAAUGGCAUCCCAGGAAUGAACGCGGCUAUUCUCUACAAGGGAGAUAUAGUUUUUGCUAAAGGUUUUGGAAGGAGAAACGAAAGUGAUCCCUUUUUAGCGGAGACUGUGAUGCCAGUGGGUCGAUCACGAAAUCCUUUACUGCCACCGCCAUUGGUGAAUUGGUUGCAGAAGACUUUGCGUAACUAUGACUUCGCAUGGUAUAGAGCUAAAAUGUCGCGACGGGAUCUGAUCAAACGCUUAAGAUUCGCUAAAACGCAAGGCAAAAGGGCAGUGACCUCAGUUAACUAUAACAAUCUCAUGUAUGCUGUCGCUGGAGAAGCAGCUGCAAACGUUGUAGGAGUUGCAUACGAAGCUCUUGUCGAAGAAAAGGUUCUCAAACCUUUGGGACUCAAGAGCACUGGGUUCGGUCAACUUGAGAUGAAGAAGCACUUUAAUAAUUAUGCCCUACCGUAUGAGAGUGAUUCAUUCGAGGAUGCAGUAAAUGAGCGACAUCGAGUGGGACCUUUGCUCGAUAUAUGUGGGGCAUGUGCACCAGCUGGUGAUUUGUAUUCCAAUGUAUCUGAUCUUGUUCGAUAUGGUCAGACGAUCAUGAAACUGGAUGAGAUAAAUGGGCAGCAAGUUUUGAAUAAAGAAAGCAUCCAAGAAAUUAUUAGAGCACAUAACCUCUUCAACAUGAGCAGUCGUGAACCGGACAUGUUAUCGACGUUGAGUAAUGACCUCGGCUGGAAUUUGGGCGGUUACAAGGGGAAAAACUUUAUAAUGCAUAAUGGAUUAAUAUCCUCAUUCAGCGCAAGCUUGAUGGUAUUUGUCGAUCACGACUUGGUCAUCGCUCAGUUAGUAAACACCGAUGUAGUGGGCCUCAUUUCAAAUGUUCCUCUGUACGUUGCUAAUAAGCUUCUUGAUCUUCAACGAGCCAACAAUUGGAUCACCAUCUCCACAGUUGACUCAAAAAACACAUACGAAUUGAAAAAUCGUGCCGCCGCAAGCGAUAUACCGGCACAGAUCAAGGGCAAGAUGCCAUCGCAUGGGCUAAGUGCAUUUACAGGAAAGUACAAGCAUCCAGUCUAUGGUGACAUUUCAAUCCAACAGGACGCUGAAGAAGAGAAGGCACUGCGAUUUAAGAUUAAUUGCUUCGAGGGCAAAAUGGAGCAUUAUCAUUAUGACUCGUUCAAGCUCGAGUUCCGAGACUUUGGAAUGAAGCAGGACCUUUUGGGGACGUUCCAAACUGAUCGAAAGGGGAACAUUUCUAGAUUCAAGGUCAAGGUUUUUGACAGCACAAAAGAGGUUAACAAGGUCAAUGAGGACGAGGAAUAA